AUGGCGCGAAAAAUUGAGAUGCAAUUGGAGAGGACUAGCCCAGGUAUUCAUGGAAGCAAUUAUUCUGGUCGUGGAUCUUUCGGAAAAGGGAAACGGAUUGAUGCUUCAGGUUCCUCAAGUCAGCAAACCGGUGAUACGAACCGAGCGCCGGGAGGUGUUGCUGGAAUACCUAAGGAACCGGUCGCGGCAAGUAACCGUGCUCCAAACGUCCAGAAUCCUUAUGCCAAGCCGCAACCGAUCGGGUGCUAUAAGUGUAACGAAUUGGGCCAUCGUUCGAGCGAUUGUCCCCGUCGGAGAAUGGCCAAUAUCGUUGAGCAUGAAGAGGAGGAGUAUGAGGAAGAUUGGGUGGACGAAGAAGAAGUGGAAGAUGAGGUGGGCGAGCAAGUGAAUUGUGUUGUUCGUCGUUUAUUACUUGCUCCGCGGAUAGAAGACACCCAGAGAAAUCAGCUUUUCCGCGCUCGUUGUACUGUAAACGGUAAGGUAUGCGAUGUUAUAAUUGAUAGCGGAAGUUGCGAGAAUAUAGUGUCAAAGGCUUUAGUGGACCACUUACAGUUGAAGACGGAGCCACAUUCCGCGUCUUAUACAAUAGGGUGGAUUCGCAAAGGACUCGAGCUUAAGUAUGACGUGGAUAUUACACAUCGAGCUAGGGAGAACAUGUAUUCUUUUGUAUGGAACAAAAUCAGAAUCACGUUGAAGCCGAGGGGUGAUACUCCCCAGGCCCCAAAGAAACAGGGUUCUGGUUCUGGUUCUGGUGUUGUGCAACGUGCAUGGGUUAUGUUGAAUAUUCGUAAAUGUGAAGGGAUGUACAUGCUGGUAGAGAAGGGUGACAAACAGACCGUGGCUCGUAUUCCAGAAGCCCUUAAGCCUUUGCUAAAGGCGUUCUAUGAUGUAAUGCCGGAUGAUUUACCCGACGGAUUACCUCCUCUGAGGGAUAUUCAGCAUGAGAUUGACUUUCUACCAGGUGCCGGUCUCCUUAAUCUGCCGCAUUACCGGAUGAAUCCAAAGGAGAACCAGAAUUUACAAGAGCAGGUGGAUGAGCUUCUCCGCAAAGGUUUCUUGCGCGAGAGCAAAAGUCCUUGUGUCGUACCUGCACUUCUCACGUCGAAGAAAGAUGAUAGUAUACGUAUGUACGUUGAUAGCCGUGCCAUUAAUCGGAUAACCGUCAAGUAUAGAUUUCCAAUUCCCUGGGUUGAUGAUAUGCUGGAUAGACUCGCUGGAUCACGAGUCUUUACAAAGAUCGACCUUCGAAGCGGCUACCACCAAGUUCACAUUCGUCCUAGCGAUGAGUGGAAAACAGCCUUUAAAACGAGUGCAGGUUUGUAUGAAUGGCUUGUCAUGCCGUUUGGACUCGCUAACGUGCCUAGUACUUUUAUGCGUUUGAUGACUCGGGUACUCAAACCUUUUAUUGGCAAGUUCAUGGUUGUUUUCUUCGAUGAUAUUCUCAUUUAUAGUGCGGACAAACGACAUCGCUUAGAGCACUUGAGGGAUGUUCUGCUGACCUUGCAGAAAAAUCAGUUAUUUAUUAAUUUGAAGAAGUGUAGCUUCAUGACCGAGCGACUUCUUUUCUUGGGUUUUAUUGUUGGAUCGGAUGGUCUCCAUGUUGAUGCAAAAAAGGUGGCGGUGAUCCGUGAUUGGCCAACUCCACAGAAUGUUGGCUAG